UAAUAGCGGGUGAGCCUGUCUUCCCUGGAUGAUGUCACAGUUAACAGAACGUCUCAAACCCAAACAUUUACAGUUUCACACAGAAAACACUCAAGCGUUGACCUUGAUUAACCGGGUAGAGUGUAACUCCCUGAGCCUUCUUGAGUGCAGCUGCUUACAGGCUUUUAAAGAAGAUAAGUCAGGGGUGAUUUUAGGACCUCAUGCUUUAAUAAUUCCAUGCAUAUUUUAUAAUAAUUAAUACAUUUUGUCUCAAGAUGUAAUGCAGGGCUGACAUACAGUCCUGACACAUCGAAAUUAUGCAUAAAGGCUGAAAUAUGCUAAUUUAAGUCUGUUAACGUGGUUCUGAAAGUCACACAAUGAGUCCCAUUGGCUGGUGGUAAGUGAUCAUUAAUGAAUCCAGCUGGUAGUUUUGUCUUUGCCAGAAUAAAAAUGUUUAGUUUUGCAUGACCCAUUCUAUUCAGUAACAAGAAUAAUGGGAGAAUUGUAGAUUCAGAAACUUUUUCUGAACCCCUUUCAAAUUAACUGCAAGUUAUUUAGAUGUAAUGACUUCACUAGGGUCCGGAAGAAGAAGAGGAAGGCCUGCUGGAGAACUGUUUUAUGGUCAGGAGAGCCAAAGAUCUCACUAGUUGGCCUCAGGGAUCAGCAAUAGUAUGCUCAGAGCUGCCAGCUGAUGACUCAGGGUAAUGGAUUAGUGUGCCAGGUGGUGCUGUGGCCGAACCUGCGUGGAGAGGCUUUAGUCACAGCUUCACACACCCUUUGACUGAGGCACAGACAACACACAGUGGACUAAGCAGCAUGGAAGGUGUCCCACUGAAGACGCCCCAGGCGGUGGCCUUACAAAAUGUCAGACAUGACGUGGAAGUAACUAUGCCUGAUUACCUCACCAUACUGCGUAAAACAGAGUAUGAGUUCAGCCUGGAGAAGUGGGUGUUGACUGGGCUACAGAAUGGCCCCACCAACCAUCAGCUGCCACAGCCAUCCACCUCUUCGUCUGAACUUUUACCAUCUUGUCCUCCAUACUGGAUGAUGUUCAGCAGCCCACAGCAGAGUCGCCUGGCGAGCCGCCACAGUUCCGACUUUUGGGAACCGAACCCUCGACAACGCUCCCACAGCCUUAACCCUGCUGUCCUUCGCGCCACUUUUACCAUCUCAGACUCGGAGGAUGAAGGAGAGAAUACUGCAAAACAAGGCAAGACGAACCAGAUAGAAAAAGCUUGCCUGAAGGAAGAGUGUCCAGCUGUUUCGUGUCAGGCUGGUCAAAGAAAAGCACAGAGAGCUUUCAUCCCGGACCUCCUGAAUCCUCCAUCUUGUCUUAGCAGCCUGCCACACAAACGCAGGAAGAAUCUGCGGCAGUGCUCUGUCUCGGCAAAUGAUACGUCCCAAAAACAAGAAUCCAACUCAGAAAGUCAGUCUUUGAGCCAAUCCUCAUACAAAGCUCCUAGCACCACGGCCAACACAAUCAACAAAGCCAGAGACAACCACAAAACAGCAGAUAUGAUGCCUCUUAGACCAAACUCCUGGAGAAGUUCCCACAAAGCCGCACCAUACGGGGGUCUUAGCUCGGCUUUGGACUCAUCUGUGGAGCUCCUGUCAGCUCUGAGCCCUGAGGAGAGGGAGCUGCUUGGGGUCAUCACCGCCCGGGGCUAUCCGCUUCGCACUGCUAUCAUUGCCCUGCAGAGGGCAGGACAACAGACCCCAGAUCAGAUCUUGAGUUACCUGGUAGCAUGUGAUCACCUGUGUCAGCAGGGCUAUGACAUGGUUCAGGUGGAAGAAGCCCUUGAGAUGUUUCAGAACUGUGAAACAAAGGCCGAGGAAUUCCUACACCUUCUGAGUCAGUUCAACGAGAUGGGCUUCCAUCCAAACACCAUCAAAGAAGUGCUGCUUGUCCAUGAAAAUCACAGAGAGCGGGCGCUUGAGGAGCUGAUGAUGCGUGUGGCCUGACAAUGCAGCAGCACACACUAAGUGGAUAGUGGUAUUUAGCAAAAAUAUUCCACCUUUGUUCACAUGUUCUUCAAUAUUAUGACUUUAUAUAUAUUUUUUUAUACAAAAUCACUCCAGUUAAACACUUGGUAUUUUCUUAUGAUUCAUAGGACAUUUCUUUCUAUGUAAAAGUUGUCUUUAUAUUUGAGAAGUAGGUCAUGAAUUAUAGCGACUAAUCUUCAAUUAUUUUGUUACCAAUUGUAUCUCUGGAAGCAAGGAGGGUUCAGAUAUGACAGACAUGUUUCAACAAUUUCCCUCCUUGUAUGUGUUUGACAAGAUGUUUAGAUCAAAGGCAUUGUUUCAAACAGGUUUUCAUCUGUCGAUCUGACUCAUUGCAGAGUGAAGGAUUGUGGGUAUUCCACCAAAGCAUGUGGGACUGCAUUUAGUGCUACAAAAAGCUGACAGCUGCAUCUUAAUGAUUUUAACAGUGGGAAUUCUGCCCUUAACUUUUCCGAUCUAUGCUGAGGUACAAAGUUUAGCUUUGUAAGGAAACCCACCACCAAGAAACACCCAGGCAUAAUGUGGAGAGGGAUUUUCUUUUUCAAGACCCUAUUAAAGGAGUACAAAGAGAAAACACAGCUUGAAUAUGUACUAUUUGUUCUGUUUCUAAUUGCUUUACCAUAAUCUGUAUGCCAUGCUGUCUGAGGCAUUUAGUCUUAAAGGUCUUGGGUUUUUAGCAAUUUCGCUUGUCUUUUCAAAUGCUGUUUUUUUCCCCAGCUUGGCAUUGCUGGACCACACACUUAAAUGAUCCAGAACAACAAGUUUUCAUAACUCCUGCUUUUAUUGAGGUGGGCACACCUGCUAAGUACUAUCCCUCUCAAACCCUAAGAAAGCAAUGAGGGUGUGCUUAGUUUUUUUCCCAUGUUCUACAUUUCCAUUUUUGUUUUUUGUUUGUUUAAUAAAAAACAGUGUACAAUUUGUUCUACUUUUUUAUACAUUUGAAGUUAGAUUUGUGUAAUUUUAGAACUUCAUAAAUACCAUAUUAUUUGAUUUAUGCCCUGAUGUAUAGAAUCCUAAAACUGAAAUAGAGUGUACUUUCUUUUUAUCAAGACUAUCUGAGUUUGAAGAAACUUCUACACGUUUAAACUCUCCAUGCUGCAAACACUUUCUGCUCUUUUUCACUUUACUGUAUCACCGAAACAAGUGUGUUCCAUCACAAAAAGGUAAUCUGAUUGAAUUCAAAAACUUCUUAAUUUUUUCACAUGUAUACUAAAUAAAUACAUAAGAACUAAA